GGAUAAGAUCCAUGACAAUAAGGUGGAGCCUGUAAACUCUACGGCAGCAGAGUGUAGGCUUUGUGGAGCCGGCGCAUUCCUCGAGACAGCUGCAGGAAACCUCCCGGCAGAACGACAGGCCCUCGGAGCAGAAACGCGCGCGCCACCAAGCCGGAGUGGACGCAUUGACGCACGCGUGCGUAUUGAAUCAGUCGAGUGAGCGAGCAAGCGAAAUACGGAGAGAGAGAGAGAGAGAGAGAGUUGGCGCGCGGCUCGGCCGUUUCAGCCUUCACUCAGCAGUUCGUUAAGCUUUGAGUCUAAAGCGAGGCUUUUGCUCAUUCCUCUUCUUCUCUUCUCCGCCGCACCUUUUGAGGUAACUACACUUCCGAUUUUCCGUCAGGAUUAUUGACAUCUUCUUCCUCGUUGUUGGAUAUUUCCCCGGAGGGGGGGGCGCGGCUAACUCGUUCUCCACCUUUACUGCCUACGGGAUGCUUCGCCAUGAAGUAGUGCUUUGUUUCUGCCACCGCAAAGAAGAAUAAACAAACACAUUGCGGAACCUUGAAUUGGAAAGGAGACUGUGCCCGGAACUCCCAUUGCCCUUUGCCUGUCUCCUUUCUUUUUAUUGGAUGAGUACUUUUUUUUUUUCUUUUAUGGUUGUUUUUAAGGGUUAAAACCCCGCCGACGGGUACGGUUGUGAUACUUUACUACGGUACGCACUUCGCUUGUCUGUGGAUGGUUCCGGGUGGAAGGCUCUGCUGAAGUGCGUACAGGUUGUGUUGUAAGCCUCGACGCCUUGGGUUCCAUACCGUGCUGCUAUUUCUUCAUCCUCAUUUUGAGGCUUGCCUGAUACUUAGUCCGGUCCCCUCCCCCCCGAUGCGGGGUGUCUGAGUCCCCUUCCCCCUGCCUCCAGACGGCGGUCGGAGAUGUUGAAGUGUAUUCCACUGUGGCGCUGCAAUCGCCACGUCGAGUCAGUGGACAAGCGGCAUUGCUCUCUACAGACGGUACCGGAGGAGAUCUACCGCUACAGUCGAAGCUUGGAGGAGCUCUUGUUGGACGCGAACCAGCUGCGGGAUCUGCCCAAGCCUUUUUUCCGUCUCUUGAACCUUCGGAAAUUGGGUCUAAGUGAUAAUGAAAUCCAGAAGCUGCCUCCAGAGGUGGCCAAUUUCAUGCAGCUUGUGGAGCUUGACAUCUCAAGAAAUGACAUUCCAGAGAUCCCAGAAAGCAUUAAAUUUUGUAAGUCUUUGGAAAUUGCAGACUUCAGUGGAAAUCCCCUUUCCAGACUGCCUGAUGGUUUCACAUUGCUUCGCAGCCUUGCUCACCUUGCCCUCAAUGAUGUUUCACUUCAGGCACUUCCUAGUGACAUUGGCAACUUAACAAAUCUGGUGACUCUUGAGCUCAGGGAAAAUCUCUUGAAGUCCCUACCGACGUCGCUUUCAUUCCUUGUAAAGCUUGAACAGCUUGACCUAGGCAGCAAUGAACUUGAAAUCCUGCCAGAUACUUUGGGAGCAUUGCCAAACCUCCGAGAAUUAUGGCUUGAUAGGAACCAGCUGUCUUCAUUGCCACCGGAGCUGGGAAAUCUUCGGCGGCUAGUAUGCCUUGAUGUGUCUGAGAAUAAGUUGGAGCAACUUCCUAAGGAGCUGAAUGGCCUUAUGGCACUUACUGAUUUGCUUUUGUCUCAAAAUCUGCUGGAAACUAUUCCUGACAGCAUUGGUUGUCUGAAGCAACUUUCUAUUUUGAAGGUUGACCAAAACCGGUUAACCCAUCUUUCUGACUCCAUCGGAGAUUGUGAAAACCUGUCCGAACUUAUGCUGACAGAGAAUCUUCUUACAACAUUGCCCCGCUCUCUGGGAAAGUUGAAGAAGCUGACAAAUUUGAAUGCUGACCGGAACAGAUUAACUUCCAUACCCCUAGAGUUGGGAGGCUGCUCUAAUCUAAAUGUACUCUCACUUCGGGACAACCGUGUUACAAAGUUGCCUUCAGAGCUUGCUAAUGCAACUGAACUUCAUGUUUUGGAUGUUGCUGGAAACAGGCUACAAAACCUACCCUUCUCUCUUACUAAUCUCAACCUUAAAGCUAUGUGGUUGGCAGAAAAUCAGUCUCAACCAAUGCUUAAGUUUCAGACAGAGGAUGAUGAAAAGACUGGAGAAAAGGUUUUAACAUGUUACCUUCUACCACAACAACCUUCACCUAGCCUUGAGAAUCUUCUUCAGAACAGCGUUGAUGAAAGCUGGACAGACACCAACUUGAACCGGGUCAGUGUAAUUCAGUUUCAAGAAGAGCCCAAACCUGAAGAAGAAGAUGAAGAGACUGAAUCGGAGCGUAAGGGACUUCAAAGACGAGCAACACCACAUCCUAGUGAACUGAAAGUAAUGAAGAAAGUUAUUGAGGAUCGCAGAAAUGAGGCAUAUGUAGCAAGGCCAGAUGAAGAACUGGAUUCUCCUGAUGAUGAAAAUAAGAGAUUAAGUGGACUAUCUAAUGAUAGCCAUGAUUCCCAAGCAUCAAACAGUACAGCGUCUGCAAAAUCGGAGGGCUCUGAGUGGGAGGAAACUCAGAAACAAGAGCUUCUUGUUCCACUGGCUUCACAUGAGCCAUUGCCAGACAGUAAUAAUAUUUAUCUAAAUGAAGAGCAGGAAGAUGAGAUGGAAGUAGAAUAUACAGAGCCUACUGUACGUUUUGCUGAAGAACCCAUCAUACGAGAUGAGGAAGAAUAUGAGGAUGGUGAAGGGGAAAAUGGAGAGGAGGAGCGCCCAAUGCUCCCAGUUGAAAAACAAAGGCUUAUUCGUAAGGAUACUCCACACUACAAGAAGCAUUUCAAAAUCAACAAACUACCCAAACCAGAGGCAGUUGCAGCUUUGUUACAGGGUUUAAGUACUGACAAGGUUCCGCAGGAAGAGGAUGAGGAUUAUGGAGGUGUUCAGGAUCAGAGUAGUGAAAUGAAGCAGCUGAUGUUCCUUUUGCCUGACAGUGAAGGAGAUGGUGAGGAUCAAAUGUUGCUCAGGUUGAAUGACAAAAUUAAUUCCUCUCAGCAACCAGUAAAGGGGGUGUCGUUUGAUCAAGUCAAUAAUCUGCUGAUUGAACCUGCUCGAAUUGAGGAGGAAGAGCUGACACUUACAAUCAUUCGUCAGACUGGAGGUUUAGGGAUCAGUAUUGCAGGGGGUAAAGGAUCUACACCAUACAAAGGUGAUGACGAGGGUAUCUUCAUCUCCAGGGUUUCAGAAGAAGGCCCAGCUGCACGUGCAGGAGUUAAAGUGGGAGAUAAACUGUUAGAGGUGAAUGGUGUAGAUUUGCAUGAUGCAGAACAUCAUAAAGCUGUGGAAGCCCUUCGAAGCUCAGGGACUGCUGUUUCUAUGACUGUUCUCCGAGAGCGCAUGGUAGAGCCUGAAAAUGCUAUCACUACUACCCCUUUAAGACCAGAAGAUGACUACUUCCCUAGAGAGAGACGUAGCGGGAUGCCUUUCCCAACAGAAAUUGAGGAGGAGUCUGGAAAGCGAGAGAGACUCACAACAUCCCUCAUGCGAAAUGAUAAAGGAUUGGGGUUCAGCAUCGCAGGUGGUAAAGGAUCUACUCCUUAUCGUGCAGGUGAUACGGCAAUAUUCAUUUCUCGAAUUGCUGAAGGUGGAGCUGCCCAUCGUGACGGGGUUCUUCAGGUUGGAGACAGAGUUAUUUCUAUCAAUGGUGUAGACAUGACAGAAGCCAGACAUGAUCAGGCAGUAGCACUUCUUACUGGCACAUCUCCCACCAUCACUCUGCUUGUUGAGCGUGAUAUCUCGGAGCCCACAGUGGAUGCCAAGGGCAUGGGUGAAUCACCCAGCCUCCACCGGGCACGGCCACAUUCUCCUCCACCCUUCUUAUCAGAAAGCGGUCAUCAGGAAGGUGUUGAGGAGGAUGCAGAGACUACUCAAAACAGCCACCUAAGCCGAAUGCUGGAGGAUGAAUACCCAAUUGAGGAAGUACGUCUGGUGAAGGCAGGUGGCCCUCUAGGGCUAAGCAUUGUUGGAGGUAGUGACCAUGCUAGUCAUCCUUUUGGAGUUAGUGAACCUGGAGUUUUCAUAUCCAAGGUAAUACCCAAAGGCCUGGCUGCUCAGAGCGGCUUAAGGGUGGGUGACCGGAUCUUAGAGGUAAAUGCCAUUGACCUGAGGCAUGCCACACAUCAGGAAGCCGUGAAGGCACUACUUUCUAAUAAACAAGAAAUCCGAAUGCUGGUGAGGAGAGAUCCAGCUCCUUCUGGAAUGCAGAACAUUGUAAUAGAGAAGAUGUCUGGAGAGAAACUAGGCAUAAGCAUUCGAGGUGGAGCAAAGGGGCAUGCUGGGAACCCAUUUGAUCCAACUGAUGAGGGUAUCUUCAUAUCAAAGGUUAAUUCUAAUGGUGCUGCUGCUAGAGAUGGUAGACUUAAAGCAGGCUUGCGAAUUUUGGAAGUGAACAAUCACAGUCUUCUAGGUAUGACUCAUGCAGAAGCGGUGAGAAUAUUAAGAAGUAUUGGUGACACAUUGGACAUUCUGGUCUGCGAUGGCUUUGACCCCAAAGACGCUGCAGUUAUUGAGGCAUCACCUGGAAUCAUUGCUAAUCCAUUUGCUGCUGGAAUUGGUCGAAAGAACAGCAUGGAGAGUAUUUCAUCUAUCGACCGUGACCUCAGCCCGGAAGAGAUGGAGAUUAUCCAGAAAGAAAUGGAUAUGGUGCGAGAAACAUCUCAGUGGGAGCGUGAGGAGAUGGAAAAAGUGGAGAGAAUGCGCAAGGAGCGCGAGGAGGCCAACAGACUUCUAGAGGAGGAGGCUGAGGGUUAUAAUGUUGGCCCUCUCAAGAUGGAUUAUAAAACUUUGGCAGCUCUUCCUUCUACCAGCUUACAAAAAGUCAACAGGCUCUGUAAGUGUGCUACGCCACCUUUUGCAAUGGAGGUAGCUGAGCAGUCCUACAGCAACUCUCUUGAGAUUACACAUGGGGCUCCUACAGAAGACAGAAGCUUAUUGUACUCUGAGCCUCAGGUCCUCAACCCCAAUUCCUUACCUGCAAGUGUUCCUUGCCAAAUUGCUUUGUCAGUUGACUAUCAAGAUGAAAAUCAAUUUUCUGCAUCAAAGAAUGUUGUAGUUUCCCCAGUGCCAAAAGAGAAAAAUCCUCCACAAGUGGAGGAGGAGGAGGAGGAAGAAAAUCUGGUGGACUCCCAACCAAUUUGUUUUAGUGAGAAUCCCUUUAUAGUGGCCAAUCGGCUGAGGAAAACCAAAGCUGCUGAAGCAAGGAUACUUUUAGGACCUCCUGUUGGCUAUGGGAAAUUGGGCCGUUUACAAACAAAUCUGUAUUCAAAGCCUCCUGUAUAUUUAGGACAUUGUUUUCCUCCAUUUUGCAAGCUUAUCCAGGGCAGUUCUACUGAGCCUACUGUAAAUAGCCCUAAUCGUGAAGCCCCAUAUUCUCCAGUCUCUCAGCAACUUCCUUCCACAUCCCCUUCUACAGUCCGAUCAGGCAGAGAGACUCGCUUUGCUUCUAUAAACUUCAUAUCUUCUACUGUUCCUAAAGACAAUGCAUCUACCAAACCAGGUGUAAUCCAGCCUGUGUCCCGAGCACGCCCCAGUGGGCCUCAUGGCAGUCAGGAUGGCCAGUGCAGCCCAAACCCAUUCCAGCACAGUUCCAACCCACUUGAAACACAGAAUUCUCCUCGUGUCCCUUCCCCACUCUCCCCUGAUGAGUUCCCUGUUAAUAUUAAACAGGCUUACAAAACCUUCGCUGCCGUUCCUACUAGUCAUGUGGUCCAUGACCAGCAGGACAACCUUAUCCAGAGAAACAAUAUAGAGUCAAAACCAUCUCCUGAGGACCUGGAGAACAAUGUCUUCGAGGAUGGCAACAUCAUACUCAGCAGUCCAUCUCACAGCAUUCCGACUGAAGGAGAGUCUAACCAAGAUGUAGGGGAGCUGGCCUUCCACAAGGGAUAUGUCAGUCUGUCUGCUGUGCCCCUCAUCAGUAGACCUUCUGUGGAACAGGAGGAGGCUCCAUCACCUAGUGGCUUGAACAGCCCAGAACAGCGCUCCUUCCGGGACCGGCAAAAGUAUUUUGAAAUAGAAGUCAAACAACAAAUCCCAGAAAACAAACCUAAACCUAGGGUAUCACUUGUUGGAGAAGAUGAUCUGAAGAAGAUGAGAGAGGAAGAGGCCAGAAAGAUAGAGCAGAGAGCAAUGGAGAUGCUGGUGGAUGAAGAGGAAGAUGAUGAAGAUGAUCUUGCUAAACAAAUGGCUGCUGUAAAGGCACAUGGCAAAGUGGUUAUCGAUGGUGUGGAAUACAAGAUUGAAAGGGUGGAUAAUCGUAAUACUAACAAUGUUGGGGUAUCGCAAGUGGAUGGAAAAGUGGAUUCGCAGAGGAAUUCCCUUGAAGAUAGCUUUAGGUUAGAGCAGAGACCCAACUCCAUGACUGGUUUGAGUCCAGUGUAUGGAGGAGAGCCAGUUGCACCAAUUCGUACAGCAAAGGCAGAGAGGCGAUACCAGGAACGUUUACGAAUGCAAAGUCCAGAAUUACUUAGCACACAAGAGAAAGACCUGUCUCCUGCAGAAAAGCGGGCCCUUGAAGCAGAAAAAAGAGCAAUGUGGAGGGCAGCACGACCCCGAGGGCUGGAAGAUGACAUGAAACAGUAUGAGCAGGACCUUGCCAAAAAGCUGUACCAGUCUCGACAGAGGGCAUCUCAGGUUCACAGCAACAUUCCUGAUUCUGCAGCAAACAAUUACAGGAUGAAGUCCUUAGAACAGGAUGCCUUAAAAGCACAGAUGGUUAUUGCGAAGUCAAAGGAGGCAAAAAAGCGUACCACUCUGGAUCAGUUGGUAGAGUCUCCUUCUCCGGCUCCCACGCCUUCUCCUACACCACUCGAAGACUACAGUUCAAGAAAUAUCACUUCACCGGGUAGAUUGUCUCUGUCAGAAAAGAAGUUUGACUACCGACAGUUUGCCGCUAUUCCUUCUUCCAAACCUGUAUACGACAUUCAGUCACCUGAUAUUUCGGAGGAUGUCAAGAUCAUUGAUGACUCUGGAAGAAGAGCAGUGACCCCUAGAGAGAAGGAGAUUGACGGUCACAUUCCUUUACCUGCCACCUCUGCUUUGGAAGAAAUGGCCCUCUACAGCAACAAACGCAAACUACGGCACAGCCGACGAAGCUUGGAGACGGCUGUCCCCACGUAAUCCAGCUGUAUCAUAAGCGCACUCGCACGAGAAAAACGAAACAAAAAAGUAACGUCUUGCCUCCAAAUGGUGUCCUUUAUCUUUUGGGCUGGACAUCUGCCAAAAAAAAAAUAGUGCAUGGACUUGGGCUGCUAACCUUAACCGAAAGAGGAUGUAGAUGCUAGGCUCUGUAUACCAGACUGUAAAUCGAACGUUCAGUUUGUGUUCGAGACGCUGAAUUCUUUGACAUGGACUAAUUCUCUUUUUGACUGUUUCAUUUUUCACUUUUUUAAAUUUUACUCCAAAAAUGCUAGAUGUGUUUUAAUUUGUACAUUUUAUUUUUUCGUUUUUAAUUUGGUUGUAAAAUUGCCUCAGCUGGGAAGGCGUAUGAAACUAGCUUGGUCUGGGUAAGCGGAAUAUGUAAAUAUAAAUUCAACUCGGACCCUUUAAUGUUGGGUAAGACAGCCUCUGCUACCUUCACUGCACUACAGCUACUCAUUUGGCCUCUUUAUUGCCAGUAGCCUUUUUCUGCUGAUUUUAACACUUUAAUUCUUUUAAUGUAAUUUAUUAUUCUAGAUACAUUGGCAAUUGUACAUUUUUUAAUAUAACUGCUUGGUUUGGGGUUUUAUUGCUUUUCUUGUAUACAGCGCAAAGUUGUUUUAGUAAGGUGUAAUAAAGACCUGAAGGCCAAGCGGGAACUUUUUUUACGUUAUUUUUAUUGUUUAAUGGCAGCCCAGCACUUGAACGUUCAUGGUAAAAUAUUCCAAACCCAACCAAACUGGUGCCCAGUUAGCGUUUAUAAAGCUGACAGUACGUGAAAGAAACUGCGAUUGGGCUACUGGAAUAUUACUGCCAUGCACUCGGAUGAACAAUCGUGGCCUUUUAACUGCAGCAAUAAAAACAGCAAAAGCUUUGUAUACUUUGGAGAGUCGGACACAGACUUGCAUGGACCAUCUGGAAGAAAUGUCUAACGUUUUAGAAUUUGGACAUGUUCAUCUGGAAAUGGUGACUUCCAAAGUUUUUAUUUCUUGCCUUCCAACAUUGUUUAUAGUGUAACUUCAAGGGUGGCACCAUUCUUUGUGAACAGACUACCUUUUGCAGCUCUCGUUUAAUAUUGGUAAUUUAAAAAUGUCUUUUACAUCCAAUUAGUUCAAGCUCCACAUGCAUUUAAAAAGAAACAUUUAGAAACUGCGAAUAAAAGAAGCCCCAGCACCACACCUGUGCUUAGAAGUGCUGGCAUUUGAAGGUAGCAGACGUUCAGAAGCUGUUGAGUUCCCUUCAGGUAGUGUGAAUAAUGUACAGUUAUUAAAAAAAACAAAAAAAAAAUUAAAAAGUCAGAACUGAGCCAACCUGCAUCAGAGUGAUGCCAGCCUUGUGGCCAGUGUGCACUGCAUGUACAUUGGCACGGUUAUUGAAAGCUUUUUGUAGAGAUAAAAUUAGACUUGAAAAGUACUUUGUAAUUCUCCCCUGAUUUGAUAGAUUUGUUUCUUUAAUCUUGGUUGUAGGACUGGCAAAGACAUUCAGAUUUUUUUAAAUCCAUUCAUUUUAUAGUGGACAAAUACAGUUUUGGAAAAAGUAAGUACUGCGCUGUUACUUUGAACUGACAGACUUUUAUUUUUUGUUCCUUUCUGUGCUGAUUUUUUUUUCAGUUUGGGCAAAAAUCUGUGAAGAAAUUUGACAACACACUAGAAUUUUCCUGGUACCUGGGAGUUGCUACGCUGAUCACUAUGUUCUUUUUUUUUUCCCCCACAGCAAAUUAUACUUUGCAUUUUCCCCCUCAUUUUCCUUUGAAUUCUGGUGGGGAUUUUUACUUGGAGCGGGGUAGUGUUAGCUCAAUCAAGACUGUAACUAGUGAAAUUUGUACAACCAAAGAAGUCUAUUUUGUGGUUCAGGAAUAAUAAAGUUUACUUUUCAUUUUACAAACACCUUUCA